GGAAGUGGCGUACGUGCACAGCGGGCCGCUGGAGUGGCGCCUCCUCCUCCUCGCCCCGGCACAGCGGCGGAGGCGCGGUGGGCAGAGGCGGCGGCCGCGCCGGCCCGUGCUGCUCCGGGCAGAGAGGCCGGCGGGGAGCGGAAGGCAGCCCCGCACCGCGCCACGCCGCUCCCCCUCGGCCGUUCCGCCGCCGGCGGGGCGGCGAUGAGGCGGCGCUAAGCAGCGUUAGCGGCGCAGGGAGGGCGGCGCGGGCCCCCGCGCGCCGGAGGAGGCCGCGGGCCGGCGGAGGCGGCGGGGGCCGCGGCGGAGCCGGAGCCGGGCGGCCAUGAUGCAGUGAGCGCUCCCUCCCCGCGCGGCCGGGCGGGGGCCCGCGUUAGCGCCGCUCCCGCCCGCCUCCUUACAUAACACGACCGGCGGAGCGGGGCUGCGGCGGCACCACCAGCGCCAUGGCGAAUGACAGCGGCGGAGGCGCCGGUCAGGGCGAGAGCAGCGGCGGCAGCAGCGGCAGCAGCAAUAGCAGCAGUAGCGAGCGGGACCGGCAGUACUGCGAGCUGUGCGGGAAGAUGGAGAACCUGCUGCGGUGCGGGCGCUGCCGCAGCUCCUUCUACUGUAGCAAGGAGCACCAGCGCCAGGACUGGAAGAAGCACAAGCUCAUCUGCCGCGGAGGAGGCGCUGCGGCGGCUGGCGCGGCAGGGGGCGCUGCCGAGCCCCGCGGCGGGCACCCCCUGCCGCCCCGCGCCCACGGCGGGGCCGCGGCGGGCGGCGGCAGCCGGGCGGGAGUCGGGAAGGGCGCAGCGCCGCCGUCCCCGGAGGCACCCGCCGAGGCCGCCCCGCUGACCAACAAUCAUGUCGCCGCCGCCGCUGCAACUGCAGGCGGUGAGGGGGAGGCCGCGGCCCAGUCCCCGUCGCCCUCCGGGGAGGCAGUGCUACUGUACCGGGACAAGUCGAACCUGUACCCGGGCGGCGUGCAGGCGGGGCCCGGCGGGGCCGCGCUGCGCCCCAACGGGCAGACCAAGUCGCUGGUACCGCAGCGGCUGGCGCUGGAGUACAUCGUGCCCUGCAUGAACAAGCACGGUAUCUGCGUGGUGGACGACUUCCUCGGCAAGGAGCUGGGCGGCCAGGUAGCCGAGGAGGUGCGGGCCCUCCACCACACUGGCCGCUUCACCGACGGGCAGCUCGUCAGCCAGAAGAGCGACUCCUCCAAGGACAUCCGCGGCGACAAGAUCACCUGGGUGGAGGGCAAGGAGCCGGGCUGCCAGACCAUCCGGCUCCUCAUGAACAGCAUGGACGAUCUCAUCCGGCACUGCAACGGAAAGCUGGGAAACUACAAAAUCAACGGCAGGACGAAAGCUAUGGUGGCUUGUUAUCCAGGCAACGGAACAGGAUACGUGCGCCACGUUGAUAAUCCAAAUGGAGAUGGAAGAUGUGUUACGUGUAUAUAUUAUCUUAAUAAGGACUGGGAUGCCAAGGUAAGUGGAGGCAUCCUUCGGAUAUUUCCAGAAGGUAAAGCCCAAUUUGCUGAUAUUGAACCCAAAUUUGAUAGACUGCUAUUCUUCUGGUCUGAUCGCCGCAACCCUCAUGAAGUACAGCCAGCAUUUGCUACAAGGUACGCAAUAACAGUGUGGUAUUUUGAUGCAGAUGAAAGAGCACGAGCUAAAGUAAAAUAUCUAACAGGUGAAAAAGGUGUGAGGGUUGAACUUAAUAAACCUUCUGACUCUGUUGGGAAAGAUGUUUUAUAAGCCUUUGAUUUAGCAACUCCCCUUGCUAUUCUCCCUGAUAAAUCUUGAUGCUAUCUAUUAACUUCUGAAUGUGAAUAACAAGAUAAAGGAAAAUCAACAACAAACCAACAUCUUAAUACGGAAGCAAACAGUGUUUCAAUGUUGCAUCAAAAAGAAGGUUCUUUGACUGCUGAAGCAUUGUACUAUGUGAUUGUGACUCCAGGCCUGUGACUGCUUAUGUGAAGAAGAUAAGCAAUCAGUAAGAAACACCAUAUGCAUCUGGACAUAAAUAAGUGCCCUACAUAGAAUUUGUCCAUCCUUAUAUUUUGCCAGACCUGUCAUCCAGCUGAAUCCAUUUCAUCUCUCCCUUUUUUUAUAUGGUAAAAAGUUUGAAUUUUGGGUAAUUUUUGUAUGACCAGGUACAGUUUAUCAAAAUUGAGUCUUAAAAAAAAAAAAGAAAAACUGAAAAAAAGGAAAAAAAUCACAGUAUUCUCCAAUAUAACAUGGAUCUAUUUUUGUAAAACUGUUCAUACUGUUCUCCUCUGCCAUGAAAGACCUAAUUUAACGCAAGGGUUGCCAGUACUGAUAAUCACUUUAAUUUUUUUUUUUACAAUUUAAGUCAGAAAAGGAGCACUUUAAUUACCAGCUAAAAUCUGAUUGUUUUAUAUCAUAUCUCACACUAAUCUUAACUUUUAAAGAUUGCUGCUGUAUUGUUUUGGGUUUUGUUUUUUUGGUUUUUUUUGUUUUUCUUUUUUGACUAUGUUCUCUUGAACCUUAUUAACAAAAGCAAAUCAGUAUCUCACUAGUAGUAACAUUCAGUUUGUGGUUUUGUAUGUUGAAUCCACAGAGGGGAAGUUUCUGUCUUUUUUCUUUUUUCUUUGGUUUCUUUUUUUUCUAUUUUGGAGGGGGGAUGUUUGGUUGUUUUUUUAUUUUUUAUGUGACUGGCACUAAGUGAACUUGACACUAUUGAUUGCUGUCAUUGGCUUUGGGGACCUGGUAAAUACCAACAAGUUACAAGAAUAUACAAGGGCUUUCCUAGGCUAUUAGAGGUACCCAGAACCUCCUUACUUACUUGACAGAAAUUUUUGAGCUUUCUCCCUUUUCUAAAAAAUACUUGCCACUCCCCUUUCCUUUGUAUAUAAGUUAAUAGAAUAUCUAAAAUUCACUUUUUAAAAUUUCCUUUUCAAAUGUUGGUGUCCCAUGCAGUCUGUAAGUUGACACCUUGAUCUAUUAUAUAGUAUCAAGGAGGUGGUCAGCACACUGAAGCUGAAGUGCAUCACUCUGUAAGCUCCUUGUGCAAUAAUACACCUUUAAAUUUUCACUGUUGCUGAAGGAUUUCCCCAAAAAGGCAAUGCUCUUUGAUCAAUACUGAGGUAUAUAUGUAGUAAGAAAACAUUUACUUUCUUGUACAUUGUUUUUAUUUUAUCCAGGAGAUGGGACAUCACAGAAUAAAAGUGAGAUGUGCAGAAACUGUGAUAUUCUUAUUUUUAAGAAAUGGAUGUUUUGGACACGGAUUUUUUUCUUCUUCUUCUUUCUUUUCUUUUUCCUGAGCUUUAAAAGCUUGAGAAAACAAAAGCAAACCUAUCAAAGACAGCAUUCAUAUUUACAGGAGUUUGGGGGUUGUUCACCUUACCCACUGCAGUUUUCUAUCUUAUUUACUUACUUAGCCAAAACAAUGUGAGUGUACAGAAAUAUUUCUGUAUAUAUUACAACUUGUGACAAUUUUAACAUCUGUAUAGUUUGUAUUCAAUUAGAGACCCUUUCUAUGGAAAGCUCAGUAAUUUUUUAUUAAAAACAUUACUAUUGUUCAUGUAAAACAUGAAAAAGCUAAUUGUUUAAUAACAAACUGACAGAAGGGGGGAAAAUUCAGUAUUGGUAUAUCAUUUAGGAGAACCAACAGAAAUCCCAGUUUUGUUCUGAUUUCACUCUUCCCUUUUUUAGUAAGUUCUUGCCCUGUACAGUUCUCUUCCUCUUUCCUCUUCCCAGAAAAACAGACAGGAUACCUUUACUGUAAGUGCCUCUGCCAACCUGGCCAAGGAGUGCAAAUCUUCGUUACUGUCUGGUCUGCAGUGCUUUUAGGCUACCAAUGAGACAAGCAAAAAAGUCAACUCUUCUACUUCAUCUUCAUUAGUACUCCUUUAACAGAAGUUUGGUUUUGUUUUAGAAAUGUAAGCAUAAGCCUUUAAACUCAUUUCAGUCCCUCUGUAAUUCAAACCGCUGCAGUUAAACAGCGUAUCAAAUUCUAAUCACACUGUAGGUUUGUGCUUGCCAGACAGGUUUAAAAAGUGCUUAAUUUUUCACUCCAUGUAAGUCAUUACAACAGGGUCGACAAAUCAGGUCAGCCAUUUCUUCCAUGUCCUUUAGAAACUGUUCAUUUCAUGUCGGUUGAAUAUUCAGUCUUGAGCAUCACCAAGCAGGUCCUUGUUUUAAAACUAUUUUUUAAACUGUCUUAUGAUCUGUAUGUAUCUAGUCCUGGUUAAAAAUAAAGCUUCAUAAUGCUAUUUUUAUUCAUGAUGUUAGCUGGCUGUGAAAUAUGAGACCUUUAUCUAUAGCAGGCAAAGAAAUUCAGGAUUCAUUUACAGGUUGCCUAUAAAGUUGUGUAAUUUCAAAAGCAGUGUUCAUUAUGAAAGAGCUCUCAAGUUGCUUGUAAAGCUAAUCUAAUUAAAAAAGAUGAUGUAUAAAGGUUCUUGAAAACUAUGUGGUUAUUUGUAAUCUUUGUCACUUUAAAAACUGCUCUGUAGCAAUUAAUUUAUGAAUCCUGAUAAAGGGGGUAUGUGGAAUUCUA